UGGUGGCUCAGAGUUCUCAAGAGCAAAUGGUCCAUGAUUGCCUGCCUCAUAAUCGGAGUUGUGGGUGCCCUUGGUCAUCAUUUCCUAUACUAUCAUCUCCACGGCCGUUUGGCCACCAAUCAACAGUGGUGGCUCCGUCUAGGUCAACUCAUCUCGUUCAUUGCCAAGGCCAACUUCGUCGUUGCUGCCAUCAUGGCCCACCAACAGAUCGCUUGGAGAGCAGUCGGGCAAAAAGGCUUUUCAGUUGAGGCUGUGGACUCUCUGUUUGGAUCCGCUCACAAUGUCAUGGAACUCUUCAACAGAGAGGCAUGGAUCAAGUCCUGGUUCGUCAUGUUUCUUGCUCUUUAUAUGUGGGCCAGUCCUUUCGUCGUCAUCUUCACGUCAGCAACCCUCGACGUUGUGCUGAAACAAAAAGAAGAGUCUCUCCUUUGCCCCUCAGUCCGGACUCUGAACUUUGAGGGGGAAGUUAAAACGAGCUAUCAGGAACCAAAAAAAGCCGCCGGCGAGAUCCUGAAUGGUCGUUCCCUUUCUUCCUACAAUUGGACUUAUGAAAAGGGGAACUGGGCAACACAGGACAAGGAGGAGUUCGACAUCUUCGAGUAUUUCAUUGGCCCCGCGCCUUCCUUUGAGCGUAUCGUGUCUGGCGUCUUCUCCAGCGGGCAACCAAUUCAGAGAAAGAGUGUGGCACAGGAAAUUUGCGGCAAAGGCUGGGAUUGUUCAACCCAGAUCCAAUUCAUCGGGCCGGGAUACAGAUGCGAGGAGCUGGCCAAGGGAGUCGAAUCCGAACCGAAGAAAUUCGGCAACUCUAUCCGUCCUGAGAACUUCACCACGGAUCUUUUUGUUCCUCGAGGGAACUAUACCUACUUCGCAGACGUAUUCCGCGGAGAGUACGUUAACCCCCAAAUGGAAAAUUUGACGGACAAAGGUGUCCCUUCGGCUGAGCCUCCAUUCCCUCAGAAUCUCGGCGCCAUCAGAACUGAACCAAUCAUCUGGAUUGGAUACUCUGCUGUGAAGGACUUGAGCGUUCCGCAUGCUCGUAACAAGAGUGCAAAGGGGUGGACUAGCGAAUAUGAGCCGACCAUAUUUGCUUGCGAGCAUUGGGAGGUCAACUACACAGUCAAGUUAGACUAUACGGACGGGGUUCAGACAUACAAGGUGCUCAACCGAGAUUACAAGAACAAGAUUAUCGACACGGUUUUCGAAAAGGAGGAGAAAGAGCCUACCGACGGAACCUUGGAUAAAAACGUCAUCACACCGAAUGCCAGCUAUGUCAGACCGCGAAGAGACUAUCCCAGGUAUCGUGAGAUUGCCGCAUAUCACAGCAUCGGGAAUAUGUUUCGCAAGCAGCUAGAAGGCAACGUCAUGUUGCCGGACACAGGGCCCACCGCAAACGGCGGCAUCACAAAGACAACGCUCCUCGGCAAAUUUGAAAGCCUCCUCCUCCCAAACUUCCACGACGAGGUACGUCGAGCCUAUGAGGAUCUUCUCAUAUCUCUUCUUUCAGAUGGUCAACUCCUUGCGGUGGCGUGGGCAGCCGACCCCUCCAAGCUUUCAGGCACCAACGUCGGCGGCGAGGACACAGGAUACGAGUGUGUACGUCGUCAUGUAGCAAACUACUUUGACUACGAAUGGAGGAUUCUCGUAGCUGUCUACGCCGUCUCAUUCGUUAUCGCUAGCAUCGGAGUGUACCAUGGCAUUUCGGCGAUGCAGAGCGACGGCACCAGUACACAGCGCGAGAUGACUUUCUCCUCUAUUGCAGGGGCGACCAAGAGAGUCAGCGUGGAUGAGAAUGAGAAGAGAGAGACCAAAAUCAGAUGCUUCCCAGUCGACGAGCGCUCGGGAGGUCGGCUUUACGAGUUCAGGGCAGAGUUGCAGGGUUGA